UCUCCGUCUCCGUUCGCAGUGGAUUGCAGCGGCGCCUUCCUCUCUAAAUGGCACUCUCCCUGCGAUUCAUGGUUUCCUCCACAUCUAGCCCCACCUGUGUCAGUCACCCAGAUCUUCCCGUACUAUAUAGGGCGACACUUGCCAGUAAGGGUUCUUGCAGUCUUCAGUUCAAAUCCAUGAGAAUGAGGAGACCUUGUCGUCCUAUCCAUGCCAUCGAAGAAGAAGAGAAACAAGAGACCAUGUUGUCUGAGACGAAGAGCAGCAGCACUGGAAUGGAAGAUGCAAACCCGAGUAGGGGAGCUAAAAUGACGGAAAUAGCCUCGGAGAUCAAGGAAGCAAUGAAGGCGAGGGAGAGAGAAGAGGGAAAGGGGGGAGAUCUGUGGAGAGGAGUAGCGGAGGAGAUACGGGAGAUUGAGUGGCCUGCGUUUGGAAAGGUUUUGGGGACUACAGGCGUCGUGUUGGGUGUGAUUGCCGGGUCAAGCAUUGUAUUGCUUACUGUUAAUGCCGUCUUGGCUGAGCUCUCCGAUCGAGUCUUUGCCGGCAGAGGAGUCCAGGACUUCUUCAGCUGAGGAUAACAAUAAAACUUAGAAGACACGUGUAAGUAUGUUGAUUUUCCCUUUAUGAUUUUUGUUCUCUCUUUUUUAUAUUGCUUUAAAUAUUGGGAAAAAGUUGGGGGCAGUUCAGGUGAAAUCAGUUGGAUAGUUGGAUGUUAUACCUGCCUCUUGCAAUCACAUUGUGUAUUUCAGAACUUGCUGGAUUUUUCCUGGACAGCCCCUUAAGAAUGGUUAAUGGUCCAAAAAUCUGCCUGCUGCUGAAUGGUAGUUCCAU